AUGGGAAACUUGCUCAAAGUCCUGACCCGGGAAAUUGAGAAUUAUCCACACUUUUUCCUGGAUUUUGAAAAUGCUCAGCCAACAGAAGGAGAGCGAGAGAUAUGGAACCAGAUCAGUGCUGUCCUCCAGGAUUCUGAGAGCAUCCUCACAGACCUGCAGGCUUACAAAGGCGCAGGACCAGAGAUCCGAGAUGCAAUUCAAAAUCCCAAUGACAUUCAACUUCAAGAAAAGGCUUGGAAUGCAGUCUGCCCCCUGGUCGUGAGACUGAAACGGUUUUAUGAAUUUUCCAUCCGGCUUGAAAAAGCUCUUCAGAGUUUACUGGAAUCUCUGACAUGUCCUCCCUACACACCAACCCAACACUUGGAGCGGGAGCAGGCCCUGGCAAAGGAAUUUGCAGAAAUCUUACAUUUUACCCUUCGAUUCGAUGAGCUGAAGAUGAGGAACCCAGCCAUUCAGAAUGACUUUAGUUACUACAGGAGAACAAUAAGUCGCAACCGCAUCAACAACAUGCAUCUAGACAUUGAGAACGAAGUGAAUAACGAGAUGGCCAAUCGAAUGUCCCUCUUCUAUGCAGAAGCCACACCAAUGCUGAAGACUCUUAGCAAUGCCACAAUGCACUUUGUCUCAGAAAAUAAAACCCUGCCCAUAGAAAAUACCACAGACUGCCUCAGCACAAUGACAAGCGUCUGCAAGGUCAUGCUGGAGACACCGGAGUACAGGAGCAGGUUCACAAGUGAGGAGACACUCAUGUUCUGCAUGAGGGUGAUGGUGGGUGUCAUCAUCCUGUAUGACCACGUGCACCCCGUGGGAGCCUUCUGCAAGACAUCCAAGAUUGAUAUGAAAGGUUGUAUAAAGGUGUUGAAGGAACAGGCCCCGGACAGUGUGGAAGGGCUGCUGAAUGCUCUCAGGUUCACUACAAAGCACUUGAAUGAUGAAUCGACUUCCAAACAGAUUCGGGCGAUGCUUCAGUAG